GCCAGGCCGGCGGGGCUGUGGCUGCGGGCCCGGGCCGCGGCUCCUCCUCCCCUUCCUCCCGAGGCUGACGUGGAGGCGACAGCGCGGGCGGCUGCGGGAGGCGGCGGAGCGGCGGCUCGGAGGCUCCAGGCCCUGGCGGGGCCGGGUGGCUGCGACGGUGGCCGCGCAGCAGGAGGCGGAGGCGGAGGAGGGUGGUGUCCCUGCCGCCCGCCCGCGCCUGCAGGAGGAGGCCAUGAACGGCGACAGGACCGAGAGCGACUGGCAGGGGCUGGUGAGCGAGUACCUGGUGUGCAAAAGGAAGCUGGAGAGCAAGAAGGAGGCCCUGCUGAUCCUCUCCAAGGAGCUAGACACCUGCCAGCAGGAGCGGGACCAGUACAAACUCAUGGCCAAUCAGCUGCGAGAGCGCCACCAGUCCCUGAAGAAGAAGCACCGGGAGCUGAUUGAUGGAGAUCCGUCACUUCCUCCUGAAAAGAGGAAACAGGCUAAUCUUGCACAACUACUGAGAGAUUCUCAGGACCGAAAUAAACAUCUGGGAGAAGAAAUAAAAGAACUGCAGCAAAGGCUUGGAGAAGUCCAGGGUGACAAUAAGCUCUUGAGGAUGACAAUUGCGAAACAGAGGCUCGGAGAUGAAGAGAUCGGUGUGCGGCACUUUGCAGCCCAUGAGCGUGAAGACUUGGUCCAGCAGCUGGAGAGGGCGAAGGAACAGAUCGAGUCCCUGGAGCACGACCUGCAGGCGUCCGUGGAUGAGCUCCAGGACGUGAAAGAAGAGCGGUCUUCUUACCAGGACAAAGUGGAGAGGCUCAACCAGGAGCUCAACCACAUCCUGGGCGGCCACGAGAACCGCAUCAUUGAUGUGGACGCCCUGUGUAUGGAGAACAGGUACCUUCAGGAGAGAUUAAAGCAACUUCACGAAGAGGUCAACCUCCUGAAAUCGAACAUCGCCAAAUACAAGAAUGCUCUCGAGAGACGGAAAAACUCAAAAGGCCAGGGCAAAUCCGGCAGCAGUGCGCUGACUGGAGUUCUCUCUGCAAAGCAAGUUCAGGAUCUGCUGUCCGAGGAUCACGGGUGCAGUCUCCCGGCCACCCCACAGUCCAUUUCUGAUCUGAAGUCUCUCGCCACGGCCCUGUUGGAGACGAUCCACGAGAAGAACAUGGUCAUCCAGCACCAGAGGCAGACCAACAAAAUCCUAGGGAAUCGGGUGGCUGAACUGGAGAAAAAAUUAAGAACUCUGGAAGUUUCUGGUUUGUGGAGUCUUCCAGGCCUGAGCUACAAUGUUUCAGUAGGAUUUGGGAGGGGCAAGGACACCAUACUGUUCGGCGACCCCGCUCUCCCCACUGUGCAGAGGUCCAGAUCCCCGUUGCUGAAGCUGGUUGAGCAGCCCACUGAGCACCAAGCAAACCCCAAGGAUGGGGAGGUUCAGACGCAAGCACAAGAUGAAAGUUGUGCCGCCACGGAGGUGUUGACAGCACUGGAGGAUGCUGGGAGGCCUGCUGUCAGCUCCCCAGCAAAUCAGAGCCAUGGGAACCAGCGCAAGCACUUUCAUCCUUCAUUACCCCAGUUGCCUUCUGAGGAAGAAGGAGUCAACAGGCUUGGAAGGGAAAUACCGCACCUGACAGAGGAGCAGGCAGCUGCAGAACGGGAAGGGGUGGGGGGAGAGAGUCCCCAGGAAGGCUUGAGGGACAAGAUGGGGCCAUCCUCUCCAGGCCUGGCCUCCAAGGGGCUGCUCCCCAAAUCUUGCCAGGACUCCUCUGAGUCCAGCCAGCCAGAGGCCCAGGCUGCCACCCUGGAAGAUGGCAAGGAGACCGCAGAGGGUGGCGGCCCAAGGAGCACUGUGAACACAUGAGGGGGACAGGGAUCUGGCACCAUGACACAGCGGAGGCACUGGGGACCACAGAGAAUUCAGUGCCAGACAGCUCUCCGGAGCUGCUUCCUCCUCAAACACCUCCAGGCCUGCAAGUGAGAAAAGACGCAGGUCCGGCCGCAAACUGCGACUAUUCUGAGGAUGCCAGCACGGUCUGAUUUAUUAAACGCGGGUCCUCAAGUGUCAUCUCUGUCUGCCGAAGACGCGCCGCUGCGAACGCGGCCAGGCAUGGAGUGGCGUCCGCCAUAUGGCUGGUUUUCCGCAUCCGUCUUUUCUGUCAGCGUUUGUUUUAUUAGAGAUAAGAUUCUUUUUAUUAUUAGCAUUUAAUGUUGUUGAUCCGCAUUAUGGGAAGAACUCGAAACCGAUGGGAUUUUUAAUCAGAUCUCCGUCUUUGUAGCGGUUAGGCGGCCGGAGAGAAAGGUGGUGUAGCUGAGUGUGAUGGGUCCAGAGGGCCCGCCGCUGCGCUUCACCCGGCCAGGGCCCCGCAGGACCUGCCGUCAUGGGUGUUCUCGGCAUCCCGCCUGCAGCCCUGUCCGCCGCGGCUCCGACUGGCAGGUGGAACGGGGCUUAAGCAGGCUCAGAAGGUUGGGCUUCCAGUUUGAAAUCCACAGCCCCUGUGGAGGCCCGUGUGCUGACGGCGAGAGCUGAGUUUUCUAGCCUGUAAUUCUGGAGGAUUAAUCGACCUGGAUUGAUGCAGGGAUAAGAAGGGAGGAAGGGGACUCCGGGGCGGAGGGGGGGCGGGGGUGGUGUUGAUUUUUUCGUUUCUGAGAUGAGAUGAGGGCCGGAACCUGGAAACGCUGUGCUUCUCUCCUUCAACCUGUGCUGCUUAUAGGAUUCUGUGGCCACGUGGGAUGGGGCCAAGACAGAGCUGCUUGGGGCCACUGCCCCACCCUACCGCAAACCUCGAACCCCGAGCCCCUCCAACAGAAUGUGAAGUCUGCCUCCUUUGUGCCCCGCCUCCACCCCUGGGCACAAAGACUUUAAAGACAAGACACAGAGCUUGUGGCCCUGGAGUGGAGAGAGAGAGAGUAAAAUCAAAUAAUGUCAUUACAGCCUGGAGUGGAGACCGUGGAACCCAGUACCAGCUCCAAGUGUGGGGAAGGAGGGAGUGGCCGACCCUACCUGCGUCUUUCCUUGGGGAUAAAAUUAGCUUUUCUCGGCAGCAUCUGGCAUUGCAGAAAAUUGAAGGCUCGUCAAAUGAUAGAAUUUUCUUUGAGCUGAACUCAGUUUGUUGUCUCAGGAAGACCAGAUACCAGAUCCCAAAGCCCAAAAGACCUCUGAGAACCAGAAUCACUCCUUUGAGAGACUCCCUUACAGGGAGAAAAGAGGCUCCCGAGGUGGGAAGGGUUGGAAAUUCUUCCUAAGAGUCAGAUGUUUACCCCAGAGUUUGUGAUCACGUGGGCAGCCAGCCCUUCCUGACACCUGCCCACCCCAUUCCAUCUCUGGGUGCCGCUCUGCCAGCAGAGUAGGAGCCCGGUAGGAAUGCAUUCACGCUGCCUCACCCCGAGGGGGAAAGUACAGACAAGAAGGUCCAGUCCUUUGCCACAUGCACAGCAGGGGGGACCGCCAACUGCUUGCUUUCCACUCACCAGGGGUCACCCCUGCUGGUGGUAUGGGGCCGGGGCCAAGUCAGGGCACUGCUGCUCCUGGGGAGCUGGACACCCCACCUGCCCCUGCCCGCCAGGCCCAAGUGCCCUACUCCCUGCUCUGUGCUUCAACCUCCCUCCUCCCCAGGCCUGCCCCCUCAACUUCCCCUCCAGGGUGGUGGCUUCUGCAGCUGCAGAGCGUGCACAGCGGAGCAGCCACAGAAAUCACGUUGCUGCUGCACUGGGCCUCAGCUGCCUGCAAAUGUUCAGCACUACUGCCUAGGAUGCCGGAGUUGCCAGAGGAAAACACAGCCAGGGUUAAUACAAUAAUAAUAAAAAGAAAAAUCUCUUCCCGCAGAAGCUCUGGUUUUGACACACAGUUGGCCAGGUGCACAUCUUUAGGGCCCGUCAUUACCUUCUGACAAGCAAGGCUUAUGCUAAACUAAAACACAUUCCAUCAUGGGCAGGAAAACUCCCAUGAGCACCAGAGAGCCUGGGGUUCAGGGCAAGGAGGUCAUAGAGCGAUAACCUAAACUCUUGUGUGCCAUCAGCCUGGGAAGGUUUCGUGUUAUGACAUGGCAUUGGAGCCAAUGAGUUGAUCCUGUUGUAUGCGCAACCUUGACCUUGCACUAUACACACAAGUGACACUGUCCCACUUCUCCUAUCCCAACCCAACAUGGUUCUGUGCUCCAUUAGACAUUAAAGAGAAUUUCAGCAAUUA